CCCCAGGGGCUCUGGACAGCUUCAAGUUCUCCCUUUCAGCUAGUCCUUUGCCGUUUGGCUUUGGAAUCCUAUCGUUAUCUUGCAGCUAGUUAUCUCAACUCUGAUUCUAGCGCUUCUGCGCCCUCUCGUCCCUGUGGUGGAAAGGAACUGCUCGAGGCAGUCUUGCUUUCACCAUGGCUCCCAAGGACACCUUCUUCCGCUCGUCGGAUAUGAGCUUGACUCAGCUCUAUAUCGCCAACGAAAUCGGAAGAGAAGUUGUCAGCGCUCUAGGAGAGCUGGGUCAGGUCCAAUUUAGAGAUCUUAACCCCGACACCAAUGCGUUCCAGCGUACCUUUACGAAGGAAAUCCGCCGUUUGGAUAAUGUGGAGAGGCAGCUGCGCUACUUCCAUUCCCAGAUGGACAAGGCGGGCAUCCCCAUGAGAUCUUCCUCGGAAUUCUCCGACACGCUGGCUGCUCCCUUGGCAUCCGAAAUCGAUGAACUCGCCGAACGUAGCGAAAGCCUCGAACAACGGAUCGCCUCGUUGAACGAUAGUUACGAAACAUUGAAGAAACGUGAGGUGGAGUUGACUGAGUGGCGCUGGGUGCUGAGGGAGGCCGGUGGCUUCUUUGACCGCGCUCACAGCCAUACGGAGGAAAUCCGCCAGUCUUUUGAUAAUGACGAGGCCCCUCUUCUCCGUGACGUUGAACAGCAGAGCCGCCCCAACGGCGACACACAAGGCCAGCAGUCUUUCCUGGAGAUGAACAUCGGGUUUGUGUCUGGUGUGAUUCCACGGGACCGGAUUGGAGCCUUUGAGCGGAUCCUGUGGCGCACUCUGCGUGGUAACCUUUACAUGAACCAGUCCGAGAUCCCUGAGCCCAUCAUCGACCCAACCAACAAUGAGGAGUCUCACAAGAACGUUUUCGUGAUCUUCGCCCAUGGAAAGAGCAUCAUUGCCAAAAUCCGCAAGAUCUCCGAGUCCCUCGGCGCAUCCCUCUACAGUGUUGAUGAGAACAGUGAGUUGAGACGGGAUCAGAUCCACGAGGUGAACACCCGGCUCGGUGAUGUGGGUAAUGUCUUGCGCAACACCAAGAAUACCCUCGAUGCGGAGCUCACCCAGAUUGCCCGCUCGCUUGCGGCCUGGAUGAUCAUUGUCAAGAAGGAAAAGGCUGUGUAUGAUACGCUCAACAAGUUUUCCUACGACCAGGCGAGAAAGACCCUGAUUGCGGAGGCAUGGUGCCCCACCAACUCGUUGGGCCUGAUCAAAUCGACUUUGCAGGAUGUCAACGACCGUGCUGGACUGAGCGUGCCCACCAUCGUCAACCAGAUCCGGACCAACAAGACUCCUCCCACUUAUGUACGGACCAACAAGUUCACGCAAGCUUUCCAGACUAUUGUCGAUGCCUACGGUAUCUCGAGGUACUCGGAAGCCAAUCCCGGAUUGUAUACUAUCGUCACAUUCCCCUUCCUGUUCGCCGUCAUGUUUGGUGAUCUCGGCCACGGUGCGUUGAUGUUCAUGGCUGCUACCGCCAUGAUCUUCUUCGAACGCAAGCUGCAGAAAACCAAGUUGGAUGAGCUCACAUACAUGGCAUUCUACGGUCGUUAUAUCAUGCUUAUGAUGGGUCUCUUCUCGAUGUACACCGGCCUGAUCUACAACGACAUUUUCUCCAAGUCAUUCACGAUCUUCCCCAGUCAAUGGCAAUGGCCUGCUGAUAUCAAGCAAGGGGAGGCAGUCCUGGCAACUUUGAAGGAAGGUUAUCGCUUUCCGUUUGGUCUUGAUUGGAACUGGCACGAAGCCGAGAACUCCCUUCUAUUCACCAACAGUUUGAAGAUGAAAAUGAGUAUUUGUCUUGGUUGGGCCCACAUGACAUACGCUCUUUGCCUGCAAUAUGUCAAUGCUCGGCAUUUCAAGUCCAAGGUUGAUAUCAUUGGUAACUUCAUUCCCGGCAUGAUCUUCUUCCAGUCCAUCUUCGGCUACCUUGUCGUCACCAUUAUCUACAAGUGGUCGGUCGAUUGGGCAGCCAAGGGCCAAUCCCCCCCAGGACUCCUGAACAUGCUCAUCUUCAUGUUCCUUUCUCCUGGAAAUGUUCAGGAACAACUCUACCCCGGCCAGGCAGGUGUCCAGAAGUUUCUGUUGUUCCUUGCUGUCAUCCAGGUGCCGGUCAUGCUCUUCUUCAAGCCGUUCUACCUUCGCUGGGAACACAACCGGGCCCGCGCUCUUGGAUACCGUGGCCUUGGGGAGCCCUCUCGGGUUAGCGCUCUAGACGAUGCCGACUUAGAUGGUCGGGCUCGCGACAGCAUGGCUAGCGAUGGUGAGGGUGUUGCCAUGAUUGCCCAGGACCUUGGAGACGAGGAGGAGCACGAGGAAUUCGACUUUGCCGAACUCAUGAUCCACCAGGUCAUUCACACCAUUGAAUUCUGCUUGAACUGUAUCUCCCACACCGCCUCCUACCUGCGUCUGUGGGCUCUGUCUCUGGCCCACCAACAGCUCUCGAUCGUCCUGUGGGACAUGACCAUUGGCGGUGCUUUCGAACAAGAAAAUCCCACCACGCGGGUCAUCAUGAUCGUGGUCACCUUCUACCUCUGGUUCACCCUGACCAUCGCCAUUCUCUGUGUCAUGGAGGGUACCAGUGCCAUGCUUCACUCGCUCCGUCUUCACUGGGUCGAAGCCAUGAGCAAACACUUUAUGGGUGAGGGUAUCCCCUUUGUCCCAUUCAGCUUCCAGACCCUCCUCGAAGAGGAUCCUGUUGAUUAGUGUUGUGUAUUUUGUUUCCUUGUCCAAAUGUCACUUUCCUUUCUUUCCCUUUUGGAUCAGGAUGUCCUAUAAUUCGUUUUCCCUGCGGGAAUCGAUUGAAUCUAGAUACUUUUGCCGUCGUAUCCUCCCUCCCUUCCUUCCUUUCCCUUCUCUCUCGGCUGUGCUACUAGAUGAUCGUAAAUAAACGUGUCAAAUUGUAUACCACCUAAACAUCCAGCCAGCCCAAAUAAAC